AUGCUUGUGGCUGCUUCCGUCGUCUUUCUCUACUACUCCAUCUGGACACUGGCUAUGCCAUUUGUCGACUCCGACCACCCCCUACACGCCUUCUUCCCCCCUCGCGUCUGGGCUAUCCGCAUCCCCGUGAUCCUGAUCCUCCUUGGUUCUGCCGUCGUUGGUUCCUUCCUAAGCGUCGUCAUGAUCCGCAGCAACCGAAAGAGGGCUGCUAAGGCCAAGGCCGUUGCCGCCAAGAAGAAGGCGUAG